AUGGGUGUCCAGAAGAAAACGAGAAAAUUUGCGACCGUCAAGCGCAUCAUCGGUAAGCGAGAUGCUCGUCUGAAGGAGAAUCAAGCCAAGGCUGAGGUCGUGGCCAAGAAGAAGGACGACGAUGUGAUCAGAGAAGUACCGCAAAUGUCCUCUGCUCUGUUCUUCCAAUACAACACUGCCCUCGUUCCGCCGUACAAUGUCUUAGUCGAUACCAAUUUCCUUUCCCACACCGUACAGAAAAAGCUAGAGAUGCUCCCGACAAUGAUGGACUGCCUCUAUGCAAAAUGCAUCCCUAUCAUCACCGACUGCGUAAUGGCUGAGUUGGAGAAGCUGGGUCCCAAAUAUCGCAUCGCUUUGCGUAUUGCACGAGACGAGCGGUGGGAGCGGCUCAAGUGCGGGCAUAAAGGCACCUACGCCGACGACUGCAUUGUGGACCGGGUUAUGCGACACAAGAUCUACAUCGUGGCUACGAAUGACAGAGACCUCAAGAGACGAGUACGAAAAGUGCCUGGCGUCCCAAUUAUGUCCGUGGCAAGAGGAAAAUACGCUAUUGAACGUCUGCCAGACGCGCCAGAGAAGUGA